GCAGAUAUGACAAUGAUCAGCUCGGCGGACGCAAUAAGAGUCUGUUAACGUGUGCAUUAGUUUCAAUAGGAUUUUUUGCUAACUAUGUAGUGCUAAAUGUAUCUACAUGCACAUGUCAUUUCAUGGUUCAGUCAGUUUUGUCCAGCUAAAUGGAGAGGAGACAGUACUUUGUCAAAACACGUACAUAUUUAUCUGGACACUAAUUCUCAAAAAGUUGUUGAAAUGAGUGAAUUGUGUCUUUUGUUGAAAUCGCCGAGGCUUCAUCGCAAAACCUCGUCUCUUGAUAACCCCACGGACCGAAUCCAGGCAAAAACUUUCCAAACUUGCAGGAUGAGAAUGCGCGUCCUCAGUCUGCCACCGUGUCCGGAUUGGAGAAAGGUAAGGGUUGGGAAUUCUGAAAAAUUGGAUGAAAUCCCCAGCGAAUGGGAGAUGGAACAACUUGCUUUGGAUAAGCUUAAAUUGCGGAGACAACAAAGUCUUGCUCAACGACACCUCGAGCUAAUACGUCUCAGACAACAAGUCAUGGAUGAGAGCAUGGGCGAAUUGAGUGAUGCAACCAAUUUUGAUUUCAUGAGCCCACCCGAAAAUGGAGAUGCCCACCCUUCAAUAAUGUUUCAGAGAAGUGCCAAAAUUGAGCAUUCUCUCUCCAUGCAAACUCUGGUUGAAUUUGGACGCAUGGAGGCCGUGGUACCUCGCCCUCCAAGGGGGAAGACGCUGCAUUUAUCAAAUGAGACACUGAUGGAGAUGGAGAGGGCAAAGAAACUUGAAAUUGCUAGAAAGCAAUUGGAAGAAUUCAAAGCGAUCCGAGACGAGGCAAUCGCACGGCAGGAUUACAGAAGUGGAGAUGGUGGACUGGUUGGCAUGACGCAAACCCCUACUGACGACUUACUCGGAGGAAGUGAAAGUUUAUUCCGAGGAGUUUCUAAUCUCACCCUCGUCUCCCUCGAUGGAUCAGACAAUGGACAAUCAGUUCCUGACAUCGCUCAUCGUCUUCAAAAAUCAAGGGAGAAAGAGUUAAUCAACAUCAGAAGGCAAAACAUCAUUCUCGAGUACCGAUUGAAGCAAGUAGUUGCGGUGCAAUGAUAGAAACUCAAUUUUGCUGUUGACGAAUACUCCAUUUAUUUAGUAGAUUUCAUUUUGCCGAUUACGUAAAUUUGCAUUUUUCUUGUAUCUCAGUUUAAUUUAUUGUGCUUGAAAUGAAACAAUGUGAUUUACACACCUGAUCCACACCUACAUGUAGGUAUGUAUAGUUAUAAAACAGAACCCAGCACGAUUGACGCAACCAGAACAGAUUUAAGAUAUUUUUGGAAAUCCAUAUUUCUCAUCAUCCGAGAAAGAAGUAAUCUCAACAGUGAUCGAUUCAACGACAAGAUGAGACAAACACAACUCCGACAUGAGCGUUCAUAUUAUUGGAUUAUCAUCCCUACACUCGUCCUCCUCCUGUGCAUGUAAAACGAAUUUUUUUGCUGCAGGUGGGAGGGAUAUGUGUCAACAUUUGUUUGUGUCCCGUUAUCUUCGUUUCCGAUAUUAAGACAUAUUUUAUUCAUGACAAUAGACAAGACAUGAUAUAUAUUUUGCAAAAGUACCAUUUCCACCCGUAGUAUCAAUUUGUAUUUUGACCCGACACUUUCUCCACCACCUGACCUAUUAGCCUCGUAUGCUAUUCUUAUUUAUUUGGUGUUAGCAUAAAAGAAAAUCCAAAGAAUUUCAAUAAAAUUCUGUUCCAGUAACUAACAAGCGUUGGAAUGAAGAUAAUUUUGUGCGUCCUCAUAGUUUGGUACUUUCAUUCAAAUCAUGCACUAGACGCCAAAGGAGAUCUGUUGCAAAAUGGAGAUCCCGAGGCACCCUUUUUUGCUGGGCGUGGGCGGCGUGGAGGAGAACUCAACUCGUUCGAAGGACAAUUUGGGGAGAACAAAGACGGUGCACCCUCAGCAUCCGAUGCUCGACGCUACUUUGAUCCGGACUUGUUGGAAUCAAGAAUGAGAUUACCCUGGCCAUUACGGCUGCCGAUGGAUCAAAGUAUGUAUCCUGCAAGAAUGCAGAAAACGCCUCCAGUCCUGGACGUCCCCACCGCCUUCUACAUUUGGUACAACAUCCGCAAAAAGCAGGCAAAGUCCGACCUCGACUCCGCACCCUUCAUGGCAGCCCGGGGAUAAGAGAGCAUCUUAAUUUUCGAUAUUAGCAUUACAAAUCAGUGACGCAGAUUCACACAACUCAUCAAAAAUACUCUGGAUUAUGCAUUUAGAAAGCAAUAUUAUAUUCCUGUGUAGUCCCCAACGCUGCUUUAAGCCAUGUUAACAAUGUGGUUUAUGAAAUAUAUUUUUCCUUGAGAAUAGAUUACAAGAAAAAAUCAGAAUUGACCUAAAAUAACGUUCUUAACGAAAUCACGCUGGAGAGAUCGGCCAAGUGGAAGGUCAUUGAUUGUAUGUAUGUACAUGUAUAGAAAUUUGGAGAGAAAUGUAAGCUAAAUCUACAAUAAAAACCAUUCAGAAAAAUA